UGCUGAGCAUGGUCGGUGACUGCGCCUUCUCCUCAGCAACUCAGCAAGGAGCCCUGCGAGGGCAGGAGGCUAGGUCGGGGCAGCAGCGGGCUGCAAGGCUGAAGGCUGAGGGGAUGGGUGCCUCGAUGGGGCUGCGGGCGGCGGAGACUGAGAGGACGGGCGGCGGGAGCUGGGUCUUACCGCGCCGGGCACUGGCGGCGGCGACUCACCGGCUCCAGGCAAGAUUGUCAGGGCGGAGGCGGCGAGGAGGCUGGAGCGUCAGCAGCCUGCGACCGGGGCGGAGGGAGGCGCUGGGCGGGCACCGCGUGUGAGGAGAGCAGAGCCGGGCCUGCUGGCGGGGCUCAGCUCCGGAAGCUUCACUGUGAUCCUGCAAAGCUGUCUUGGUCUUUACUCUCGUGUAUGUGACAACCAUCAGCCAACUACAACACUAUCACAAUGAGUUUUGUUGAAUAUGGAGAUAGAAUAAAGGAUGGUGACACAGCUAUUGUGUUCUUGGGCCAUGAAUCCAUGUUCCCUGUGAAAGUCCAGCAUGGCACUGUAACUCAGACUAAGUAUGGGGUCAUCAGACAUUCCACGGACCUCAUAGGCAAGAAGUAUGGCUCCAAAGUGACCUGCAGUAAAGGAGGAUGGGUGUUUAUUCUUCAUCCGACUCCAGAACUGUGGACCAUGAAUCUCCCACACAGGACACAGAUUCUGUAUUCCACUGACAUUUCUAUAAUCACCAUGAUGUUAGAACUGAAGCCAGGCUCCAUAGUAUGUGAAUCAGGUACAGGCAGUGGAUCUCUCUCCCACGCUCUCAUCAGGACAGUGGCUCCCACAGGGCACCUGUACACCGUGGAGUUCCACCAACAGAGAGCAGAGAAGGCCAAGGAGGAGUUUCGGGAGCAUGGAGUGGAGCAUCUGGUCACAGUGACCAACCAGGAUGUCUGCAAAAAUGGGUUUGGUGUCUCAAACAUUGCAGAUGCUGUGUUCCUAGAUAUUCCAUCUCCAUGGGAAGCCAUAGGACAUGCAAAGUCAGCCUUAAAAGCUGAAGGUGGCCGCAUCUGCUCUUUCUCCCCUUGCAUUGAGCAAGUCCAAAGAACCUGCCUAGCGAUGGAAGAAUGUGGCUUUACAGAGAUUAACACCUUGGAAAUUCUGCUCCGAGUGUAUAAUGUAAGGACAAUUAGCUUGCAAAUCCCUGACCUUGGAAAAGCAACUGAGGAUAAUUCUAGCACGAGCUUUGACAGCAGCAACCCAUCAAACCAAGGUAGCUUGUGUGCUAAUCUGCAGCAAGGAACUGCACAGUUCAAAAGUGGGGUGCCACUGAGGGAGAUGGUUGGUCACACUGGAUACUUGACCUUUGCCACCAAGAGCCUCUUUUAGUACACGUUGAGAUUGUGCAGUUUGGAGUGCUUUGUGUGUUUGUGUGUGCAUUCUGUUUUCAUGGUUCUUUUUUGUAGGGCAUCUGAAUUUUUGCUCAUCAGGGAAUUCCAUAUAUAGUCAGAUUUGGUUGGAAUAUGCUUUGUUUAAAUAGCACACAAGCAUUAAGCAGAGCAGCACCAGGGGAAUGUUGAAACUCUGGAAUGGUGCUCCACUUGCUGUCAGAAAGAAGAUAAAUUAACAGCAAACGGCCAUUCACUGGAAUGUGCAGAAUAAAGAUCCCUCCCAAUGAGAAAGCAAAACAAACAGCACACUAGUUGCAAAUAAAUUGAAUAUUUUUCCUCCUCUUUUCUGAAUUACUUUCUCAGGUUUAUGUUGUUGCUUUUUUUCUAGAGAGUUUUUCCUGAAUUCUGUAGUGCCUGUGUUACUCUUAGGGAAUGUGAAAGUGCCUGUUUCGUUCAGUUUAGGUUCCAAAAGUUGCAAGGUCAUAGGAUUGCCAGCACAAAUGAUCACAGAUUAAUGUUUCCUUAGAUAGUGUUUGGCUGCACAGAGGAUUAUUGACGAUGCUCAGGAACACAACCUCACUCCAUUCCACGAUGGCAGCUACAAACCACUGAGAUUACGUGAAGAUCAAAAUAGUGUGCUAAUUGUUGGAUUUGGUUUGAAAUAGUAUGUUGUGGUCAUCAAUUUGUAGCAGAAAUUUGAACCUAGAUUCAUACUGUAACCAUUUUCAUAGUUGAUGAAUGCACUGUGAAAAUUCACUGAACAUCUGGUUAAUACUAUCUGAGCACCUGUUUUUAAGCAGCGUGGCCAAGGUUCCGUUUCUUUGGUGUUUUUUUCUGUGCGUCAUGGUGUACGGUCUUCCUUCAGAACAGCCGAUUACUUUUGGCAGAGUGUCUGUCUCCCAGUUGCAGCAGCAAUGCAAACUUAGUAGAAUUCUCAACUAGCUUUAUUAAGUAAGUUUUCAGACUGUUUUCUCUGUGGUCUUCCUUACAAAGCUGGUGGAUGUGAUGAACCAUUUGAAUGCUGGAUUAAAUUUUGUACUUAAAGAUCA